AUGCCAGGCUGUUCGAUAUUCGAGAGAGUGUUCUGGGCUUUUGGUCCAUCAAUUGAAGGUUUUCAACAUUGUAGGCCAGUAAUUAGUAUUGAUGGAACUUUCCUAUAUGGUAAGUACAAAGGUACGUUACUGAUUGCAUCAACGUGGGAUGGUGACAACAGACUUUUUCCACUUGCCUUUGCCAUUGUGGAGAAGGAAACUGAUGAUAGCUGGUAUUGGUUUUUGCGUUGUAUUCAGAUUAAUGUCACUAAUCGGGAAGGGUUAUGUGUCAUAUUUGAUCGUCAUCCUGGUAUAAUGGCAGCGAUAUGGACUAUAUGUCAAUCGACACGUUGGUAUCAUCGUUUUUGCCUUCGCCAUGUGGCUAGCAAUUUCAAUCAACAAAUUGGGAAUAAAAACUUGAAGGCUAUGGUAAUGUGGGCAGGCAUGGAGAAUCAGUUACGAAAGUAUCAAAUCACUAGGGAUAGAAUUACUCAAUUAAGUGCAGAUGGUGAGAAGUAUUUAAGGGAAAUACUGGUGGAAAAGUGGACGUUAGCAUACGAUGGUGGACAUCGUUAUGGGGCAAUGACCACAAACUUGUCUGAAAGCUUCAACGGAAUUCUAAAGAGUGCUAGAAAUCUGCCCAUAACUGCAUUAGUUGAACUUACAUACUAUCGUUGUGUCGCCUACUUUGCCGAUCGAUAUACUAAGGCAUGUGCAGAGGUUACUGCCGGUGAACGCAUUACGGCCUAUGCAUCGGUGAACGCAUUACGGCCUAUGCAAAGAAUAAAUUCAAUAAAUGGGAAAAAAAGGCACCAAAGCAUUCAGUUACUGUGUUCAGUCAUGAAGAUGGUUUGUUUGAAGUAA